AUGAUAUCAAAUGCUAGAAGACAUCUACGGGUUUUAUCGACUCGCCCUAAUGUAUCGAGAACAUGCGUCUACGGCUUAUGUGGUCUGAACAAAUACUAUAAUCUUAGGCCCCAGGCCAAGCUAUGUGUCACAAACCGACUUUACUCCACGAAAAAGGACCUGAACGAGCUCUCUAAGAACACAGACUUCUUGCACACGCAAAACAUUCUGCUACAGAAGAAUCAGCAACGAUUGACGAAGCAGAAGUUGCUUUCUGAAGCGACAAAUUUCUUUGAGAGAUUCACAAUAAAAACCAAGUGGUUCCUGAUACGAGGCAACAGGCCGUUUAGUACAGAUGAGCUCAGCACAAUAUUCUCAUGGCUGGUUAUUUCUCAGAUAUUGUGGGUGGUGCUGGGUACCACUACGUUUGUAUCGCUGCUUCUGUUCACAUUCAACACCGUUUUUGCCAAGGAAAUGGUCGGCAAGUUUGUUGGAAAUCUACUGAACGACUACGUUGACGACUGCGACAUUCAAUUCCGGGACGCUCUGGUCCCAGAAUGGAGGAGGGGGUGUAUUAGCUUUAAACAGGUGAAGCUGAAGAGCUCGAGUCCUUCGCAGGGCGAGGGACUGAGAAAGGAAGAUAGCUCAGAAGCCUUGAGCUUUUCUCUCGAUUUUAACCAGAUCGACAUCACGCUUUCCUUUACCAAGUGGUUUCGCGGCCACGGACUUAUAAACGAUCUUACUCUCUACGGAAUGAAGGGUGAAGUGGCGCUGGGCCAAGGCGUGGACCAGGAUCUCUUGAUCUCUUGGUUUUCCAACCCGCGUUAUCACCUUGGGAAGGUGAAGGUUCGUGACAGCUGCAUCAAUGUUCUUGAUAGAAACCUGAACCAGAAUUACAGGAUGUCGAUUUACAAUAUGGACUUACCGCAACUUCGCUUUAAGUGGGCGUUGAUAGACUUUUUUAAUGCCAAUGUUGUGACAGGCGCUAUUAACCACUCGCUUUUCAGUGUCCACAAGCGCCAGCAUAAACUUGCAUACUUACAAGAUUUUGAGCAUGACCUAUCCCCUUGGAAACGAAUCACUCGCUUACGAUUAGAUGAGAUAUCCGUUAAAGAUCUUGGCCUCGACAAGAGCAACUCGUUCAAUUGGGUUGAAGAUGGCCAAGUCGAAAUUAUUGCAGAUGUAAUGCUCCCAGAUAUUCCUGAAGACGAAGACUACGAUUAUGACGAGAACAGGUAUAUUGUGAUGGAUAUGAAGUUCAAAUUUAAAGACUUGAUGGCGCGCUAUCCUUCAGAGGAACCAAAACUGAGCAAUGGAGAUGCUCUCGCAACUUUGGAUGAACUGAGGCCUCUGAUUGCAUUCGUUAAUACCCAGAGAGGCCUGUUCCACUCUUUCAUGGACAUCCAAAACACAAAUUCAAUUUGGAACAACAUAGCAAAUGUCUCCAUCAAGAAAAACAAGUCAUAUCCUGACACAACUGUUAUUCCAUCGAACGUCAAGUGGCCAGAGUAUGAAGACCCCAACCGCCCCGGCCAAGAAAUCAUCAAAUAUCAUGACCAACCCGUUCAUAACAACAACGAGAUAGUACUAAGGUCGCGUAUCGUUAAAAAUAUCGAUGAGCUAAAGGAUUUGGUCCUGUUCCGGGAAACAGGGAUAUAUGAUACAUUAAGCAUGGAGCUCCAUGUUGAUUUGAUGCGGAUGGUGGAAGAAUGGGAACACAGGAAAAAGAAUGAUUGGAAGCGAGUCUGGGGCACCACAGUUGCUUCACAACUGAUGAUUUUGGGUUUAGGUGCGAUGGUUUGA